GCCAGUCAGUAUUGGGAAAGCAACGAUACAGUAAAGAACUUUUUCUGUACGUGUAAUAAACCGUACGUUGAAUUUUGCGUCGCUUUUAUUCUGUUGCAGCGCAACGCGGCGUUGCUUCGCUGUGGUAUUCGAGGGUGACUGCUAAUUUUAUAUCGUUCAGUGAACAGUGGAUAUUUAUUAAGAAUAUUGAUGGCAAAUAAGUGGUGAAGAAGUAAAUACAUUGCUAUAGUUGUGGACUUGUUAAAGAGAAAAUAUCCUACAUUGACGUCUUUUAAACGCGUCGUGGUGGCGCAUAUUCCUUGUUGUUACCGAGCAAACAAUGAAUAAUCAAAUGAAUAACGCCGUGCGCAAAAUUCAUAACUUACAUUCGAGCGGGGCCGUGACCGUUACGGGCCUCAGUCAACCCCGCAUUUUAAAACAGAAAGUUGGUUCAGGUAUUGUGACAUCCAGUAACACACAUAAUCUGCAACAGCAAACAAAUACUAAUAGCACAAAUCGUUGCUAUGUGUGCGAUGAUGCAUUGGGUUCAAGUCAACAACAAAAUUUGCUAACUGAAACACAGACUUCGCAUACUGCCACUAAGUUCCCAAAUAAAAUUGGUCAACUUGUGGGUGAUGCUUUCAUGGUUAUUGUAAGCGUAGAUGAUGUUGUUUGCGCUCGUUGUACCAACCUGCUUAAUUAUUUGGAUCGGUUAGAGAAUGACGUGGAGCGUGUUCGGACCAACUUAAUGAAUUUACUCCAUAAGAAGUAUGGGUUAAAUGACGAUAGUGGUGGAGGUGGGGCCACAUCUCCCCCUAUUAAAAUGCAGAAAUUAAAUAGUGGAGCAGUUGGACGUACUGCUGAAGAUACCGGUAGCGAUCUGGGACGCGUACGCAAAGUUCUACAUACUGUGUCUAGUGAUUCGAGUAUAGGAAAACAAUCUCCCCCAGUUGUAAGCGCAGUUCAGCAAAUGAAAAUAUCUACACAGGGUGUAAGUUCAAAUACAUCAGUGGGAGGCACGCAAACGUUUCAACGCAAAACAACUAGAAUCUACAAGUGUAUUUCAUGCGAUUAUAAGACGUCAGAUAUGCGAUUAUUUAACACACACUACGAAACGUGCAAAUCACAAAAUUUCCAGUGCAAGAAUUGUAAGAAAAUCUUCCCGAACUUCGGUAGCAUGAAACAGCAUAUGGUGCGGGAACACAACACAACUAUGGAUAACACUUGUGCUGUAUGUCACAUAAACUUUGUAAAUGAGCCAGCUUUGCGAAAGCAUAUGGAAGCCAAUCAUAGCACAAAUGUUGUAGUUACAAGUACGACAACACUUCCAGUUACGCAGCAGUCGGCAGGUGAAUCAAUAUCAACUGGGGCGACCACACCGCUCUACACAUGUAACCACUGUCAAUUUAAGUCCACAGACAAGGCGCUAUUUGAUGAGCAUUUCAGAAAGCAUUUGUCUGGGGUGAAACCUAAACCGUUCAAAUGUCGGUUGUGCGCUCAACGCUUUGAGACGCGGGAAGCUGCAACUAUCCACGCUAAACAACAUCAGCCUAACUACUUCAAAUGUGGCACCUGCUCAAUGUCCUUCCCUAAGCGUGAAUUGCUCGUUAAACAUUUCGAAGUGCAUCAGCAGCCCCAGCAACAGCAGACCACAUCCGCAGUUGUGCAACACCAACAAAUCGUUACACAGUCUGCUCCGGUGGUGAAACAGAUAGUACCAGCAAAGCAACAGCAAGCCACGUCUCAAAAUAUUUUGACAACACAGAAAUUGUUGCAAGAAACCAUUGACGAGGCGUUGAGCGACAAUACAGUAAACACAGUUGUAAGUAGUGCGGGCAACACGGACGUACUGCCAUCUGCAGCCAACAAUAUACGCUUCUUUUCAUGCCACAUAUGCUCGCUGACAUUUAUACAAGAGAAUUAUUAUAAUCAACAUAUGGAAGCGCAUCGUCAGGAUAAAGAAGGUGUUGGUAGCGGAGGAACCAGUGGUACUACUAUUACCACGUCAACAUCAUCAGCUUCAAGUAGUAGUAUGCUUCAUCCGAGUGCUGCUGCAUUACUAAAUGACGACAACAAAUGUGAUGGUGGUGAAAGUGGUGAUCUGUCAUCUCACCAAGGUGGCGUGAGUGGUGUAGAAGCCGAUAUUGAAAGCAUUUUUGAAAAAAUGCAUUCCGACAAAAAUGAUAAUGGUGGUGAUACAAUAACAGUAACAUCGGCGUCCAAUACUGCCACAGCUACGAACACAACAUCUGCCCCUGGACAAAGCAGUAGUGACAAUUUGGUUAUAACAUCACAACAAGGUUCUGGUGGUAUCACUUUCAAUAUUACUAUCCCACAACCAGAAGCUGGAAGUGCACAAGAGACUAGCAAGAGUUCUAAAUCUGCACCGACAAGCACUGCGCCCGUAUCCGUUAGCAUAGAUAUGCCAGUUUUAGACCAACCUGACGAAGGUUUAACCUCCACAACGGCUGAUAAGUCUGGCGGCAGUAGUGGCAAGGAAGAACAGGAGAGCGGUAGUAAUACUGCAGUUGACAGGAAACUAUCUGCCCCUGUCAGCAUGCCGAGUUUAGAUGAUGAUAAUGAUAACCAAGAGCAGUUGCAAACACAAGCAGCGCAGCAAGAAACUUCUUCGGCGGAAACCAAAAAAGGUGGUGAAACAAUAGACGAAGAUGCGAGGGUCGACGGAGACAAACCGAAGAAAGUGGAACAACCAUCUAAAGAAUCGGAAAGUGGAGCACGUUCUGCUGAGGAGCCAAGUGCGACAACUGCCAGUACUUCCGAUGUCAAUGGCGAUACCCAUUCUGAACAUACUGCGGGAGGCGAAGGAGAUCAUCAUCAACAGCAAGUUGCAAUGGAAUUGGAUGAGGCGAUGCAAGCGCAGGUUGAAGGCGGUCAAAUAAAAUUCAUACUUAAUGAAAAUGGCCAGCUACUGCAGCUGGACAAUCACAUCAUUACCGAUGCUGAAGGUAACCAAAUACUUGUGCAGGAUCCCGAACAAAUCCAGCAACUUCUGCAAAGUGCGGGUCUAUUGCAAUCUGGCGACGGCCUUGAUGGUGAAACAUUGCAAAUGAUGACAGACGCAAAUGGCCAAAUGGUUUUAGUGCAAGGGGAAAACAAUGAGACACAGCUUAUUGAUGCUUCCCUUUUGAACGCCGAUGGACAACUGGUAAUUCAGCAAGGGCAUGAUGGUGAAUUAGGUGAAGGCGCUCAUGUUAUUGGUGAAGAUGGUACGCGGAUACCUGUUUCGGUGUCGUAUACUGCAGAUGGUCAACCGAUCGUUAGAGUGCAACAGCAAAUGAUGGAGGGUGCCGGCGGUGAAGAAGAUCAACAGCAUGUUUCUCUGGAAAAAGAAACAGAAGCAGAAUCAACUGCGACGACAGAAGAAGCCCCACAGGUAUCGGCGGAUAGUGCUGCAGCAACAACCGGAGCAUCUUCAGCGGCAACUAGUGAAGCGGCCGCUAGUGGUAGUGGUGGCGAGAACAGUGUAUCUGCAACCGGUAGCGCUGGUGUUGGAAGCAGUAGUGGUGGCGACUUCUUUCCGCUAGAAGAUAUAAUGCAGCAAUCGGCGGAGAAUAAACCCGCGGAAUAGGAGUGGCUUUAGGAAAGCAUUAAUUGUACAAUUAUUGCGGAUGAUUGGAAUUUUUAGAAUUUUAACUUGUACACACCUGCAUGCUAUAAGGUGACUUGGUCGGAACUAAAAGUGCCGCAUUUCAUUUAAUGGUGGACGACUCAAAGAAAAAUUCACGAAUUGGCAAGUUAAAAACUGAAUAAAUAGAUUUUUAUAUUUUAAAAUAAAACAGUUUCGAAGUUAGCACAUAGAUAACUAUUAAUUAACUGUAGUUAUUAUUAAGUUGUAAAAUAAUGUGAAAAUAACAUAAAAUAAUAUUAAAACAGACAUAUAUAUAAA